CUUUCAAGUUUUGCCUGGUGUUACCAGCAGAUAUCCUUAUGAUGAACUAAGAUAGAUCUUCUGUCAUCUCCGAUUUUGAAGGGCCAAAAUCUUGCGGCAUUUCAGUGAACGAUCAAACUGAAAACUUGACCAUUGGCUGUUUCUGAACUCUAUUGGUUUGUGAAAUCAUGAGACAGGAUCUUCAGUGGUGCGUAUCCAUGGCAACAGGCCCUCAUCUGAUGAACCAGACAGUUCACAUGUUUGAAGAGGUCUGAUCUUAAAAUUAUCACCCAGUAAUCGCUGUUUCAGAGCUCUGAACUUCACUGUACUGUUUGAGAAUGGAUGAACUAAGCAACAACAGCGCAGGUUCCUCAUACGAUGGGGUGUACUCUAGCUAUGCAGAGAGGCAGAUCAUAUCUGCCGUUCUUCUCGUUGCUUCAAUUGUUGGACUAUUUGGCAACGCACUUGUUAUUGCUGCAGUGGUUUUAUCCAAGAAACUCUGGAAUGCAACUUACAUGUUUGUGCUGAAUUUGAGCAUUGCUGACUUCGUGACCUGUGCUUACGUUAUUCCGAUAAAUACAGCCAUACUUCUCAGUACAGAGCACAUGCCCGCACUGAUGCCAUUUUGUACCGUUGCAGGUUUCUUGUACACACUCUGCUUUGGUUGUAGCAUUAAUAAUCUUCUGUGCAUUGCCAUCAAUAGGUAUGCAGUUGUUAGCGUGAGUAAGGCAACAUACAGCAAGUUGUUUAGCCAGAGACGGACUGCUGUAGCCAUUAUGCUGACUUGGCUGGUACCCACGUGUGCUGUUCUCAUCCCUAUCCUAACCGGUUGCCUACAACUCGGCUUCGACAAAGAGUAUCUGUCCUGCGUCGUGGACACGCAGAACAGUUCUGAAGGCUGCAUCCUAGGUCGCAUGGCUUGUCUCGUUCCCAUUCAAUUCUGUCUCAUAUCUUGGAGCUGUGUGAUGAUCUUUUACCGCAUCCACACUCACGCAAAGAGAGUUCAACAUUUAGCUCCCAUUGAAAUGCAAGUUUAUGGCGACCAGAGAAUGCAGCAACCCAACCUAAACAACAAACUCCAAGUUGAAGUGACCAAGAAUCUGUUGUUUGUGGUGGGCGCCUUUGUUGUGUGCAUUUUGCCUUACAGUGUUUGUGUAGUUUUGUCAUUCACACUGACAAACACGGCCAUCGUAAAAAAGAUCGUGCCUACUGCUUUUGCUUUUUUAUCAAUCAACAGCUGUCUGAACCCAAUGAUCUACGGACUUAAACACCCUCACUUCAAGACUGUGUUCCGCUGCAUUGUUCGAGGGAAAUUUGCUGAAAUACCGGACAGGAUCUGGAAAUAACAACAUUGUCCAGAACAAAAAAAACAGAAAUAUUUAUCUUCUUUGUCUUGCAGAAAACGUCAAACAGAUGGCAAACUACAUGUACUAUUACAUCCGGACAAUUCAGUUGGAUUAUUAACCAUU